AUGUCUUCUACCGAGCAAGAUGUCGGUAGCAACGACAACAGUGACAAAGAUCGCGCCAUCACCAAGCCCAGUGAAGGCACGUAUAUAAGUUUACUCAACACCGACAACGACGUCACCGUAGACGAAGAGCUCGCCGAGGAUCAAGAAAUGGAAGACAGCUACGUGUUCGUAGAAGCCGACUACCAUUCCUACAGCGAUGUCGAAUCUUCUGUUGCCGAAGGCUCGAGUUCGAGCUGUGAGCUCCCAGAGCGUGAAGAAGAAAAAGACCCAGGGUCAAAGAGUGACUCUAAUAAGAUGGAAGAGCAGAAUGGUGGUGUGAGGAGGGGAUUUGUCAAGAAAACAGCGGAGAAGACUCCCGGUGCUGAAGGGAGCGAUAGCAAGGAUGAUGGAAUAGAUUUGCCAGAUAUUGUGAAGACUCUGUUGUCACUAUUUCUCCGCUCGAUCAACGGGACUGAUCUUACAGGAUUGAGCAGAGAAUCGUGGCGGAGAAAGCCUGGCGUGCGAGAAGAAUAG